AUGCUACCAACUCCAUCAACAUCUCACGUCUCUUUCGACGCGAUUUACGAGCCCGCAGAAGAUUCGUAUCUGCUCCUCGACACAUUAUCGUCGGAAUCAGAAGCCGCUUGGCUCACAGAACGAUUCCAUAUAGCCUCACCAUCUUCACAAACAACAGGAAAAUCAGCGUCACCGCUCGUUGUCGAAGUAGGCAGUGGCUCUGGCGUUGUAAUCGCUUUUGCAGCCGCCAAUGCCCAGCACAUAUUUGGCAGGGACGACAUUCUGGCAUUAGCGAUAGACGUCAAUCGCGAUGCGUGUCGUGCAACAAGGCAGACAGUGCAAACAGCCAUUACGGAGAAACUUGCCGAGAAUACUUAUACUAAUGUAGCCUCCUCUCCAAAGGCCAUGCAGUUUGUGAGCUCGCUAACGGCGGAUUUGGUUUCCCCUUUGCGGCCUGGCACAGUGGAUGUCUUGUUAUUCAAUCCGCCAUAUGUACCCACGCCGGACUUGCCUGUAUUACCGCAACCUGAAGCUGAACGUGCAAAUAAUGGCAAUAACGAGACCAAGACGUUAUCAAGGUCUGAGAAGUUUGAGCGGGAUUCGUACCUUCUAUCGCUUUCGUAUGCCGGGGGAUUCGAUGGCAUGGAAACUACGAACAGGUUCAUUGAUGCCAUUUCGUCAAUACUGAGUCCUGAAAGGGGGGUUGCAUAUCUUCUUCUCUGUGCUCAGAACAAGCCUGAAGAAGUCAAGGCAAGGAUUAAGUGCGACUGGGAGGGGUGGACCGCCGAGACAGUGGGUAGAAGCGGCGUGCAAGCUGGUUGGGAGAAACUGGUUAUUUUGAGAAUUUACAAAAAGUGA